GCCGAGGAGCGGCUGCGGUUUGAGGCGCUGGCCGGAGCGGGGUCGCCGCGGGGCUGGGGCGCCGGACGCCGCGGCCGAAGGGCCGAGGGGCGAGGUGCGGGACUGCGGGCUGCGGCCGGGACGCCGGCGCACUGCGGCAUGAGGCGGAGGUGUGCCAACUAGGAAUUGGACGGCUGAGCGCGUGGCAGUCAGGAUCCAAUCUCUGUCUGACUUCCAAGCCUGUGCUCGGAAGCCUUCUGGUGUCUGUGCCUCCUGAGAUCCUGCAUGGUUGUUCCCCUAAGGAAUUUUCCUUUGGGAAACAGAAACAAUGGCAAACAAUACUGCUUGGAUAUGAAUAACCCUAUGAUGACUCACAGGGUUGUUUCAGCAUGAAGAUCUAGCAGAUAUUAACGUGACGGCGUCAGGUGGAUCGACAGCCCCCCCACCGCCCCAUUUGUCAGGGGCCUGAGAGUGGGGAGACAUGGAGGAGCGUAAGAACGAGGCGACGAAUCGGGCUCACAUCCUCUUCGACCGGUUCGUGCAGGCCACCACUUGCAAGGGGACCCUCAAGGCCUUCCAAGAGCUCUGCGACCACCUGGAACUGAAGCCUAAGGACCACCGCUCCUUUUACCACAAGCUCAAGUCCAAGCUCAACUACUGGAGAGCCAAGGCCCUCUGGGCAAAGCUGGACAAGCGGGGCAGCCACAAAGACUACAAGAAGGGAAAGGCGUGCACUAACACUAAGUGUCUCAUCAUUGGAGCUGGCCCCUGCGGUCUCCGCACAGCCAUCGAUUUAUCCUUAUUGGGAGCUAAGGUGGUCGUGAUUGAGAAACGAGAUGCCUUCUCCCGCAACAAUGUCUUGCAUCUCUGGCCAUUCACCAUACACGAUCUGCGAGGCCUGGGUGCCAAGAAGUUCUACGGCAAGUUCUGUGCUGGAGCCAUCGACCACAUCAGUAUCCGUCAGCUUCAACUAAUACUUUUGAAAGUAGCAUUGAUCCUAGGCAUUGAAAUCCAUGUCAAUGUGGAAUUCCAAGGACUUGUGGAGCCUCCUGAGGACCAAGAAAAUGAACGGAUAGGUUGGCGGGCCCUGGUGCACCCCAAAACCCAUCCUGUAUCAGAAUAUGAGUUUGAAGUGAUCAUUGGAGGGGAUGGCCGCAGGAACACCUUGGAAGGAUUUCGUCGGAAAGAAUUUCGUGGCAAACUGGCCAUUGCUAUUACAGCAAAUUUUAUUAACCGAAAUACAACAGCAGAAGCCAAAGUGGAAGAGAUCAGUGGUGUGGCUUUUAUAUUCAACCAGAAAUUUUUCCAGGAACUGAGGGAAGCCACAGGGAUCGAUUUGGAGAACAUCGUCUACUACAAAGAUGACACACACUAUUUUGUUAUGACAGCCAAAAAGCAGAGUUUACUGGACAAAGGGGUGAUAUUGCAUGACUACGCCGACACGGAGCUCCUGCUCUCCCGGGAGAAUGUGGACCAGGAGGCCCUGCUGAGCUAUGCCCGGGAGGCGGCCGACUUCUCCACCCAGCAGCAGCUGCCCUCCCUGGACUUCGCCAUCAACCACUACGGGCAGCCCGACGUGGCCAUGUUCGACUUCACGUGCAUGUACGCCUCCGAGAACGCAGCCCUGGUGCGGGAGCACAGUGGCCACCAGCUGCUGGUGGCCCUGGUAGGGGACAGCCUUCUGGAGCCUUUUUGGCCAAUGGGAACAGGAAUAGCCCGGGGCUUUCUAGCUGCUAUGGACUCGGCUUGGAUGGUGCGCAGUUGGUCUCUGGGAAGGAGCCCCUUGGAAGUCCUGGCAGAGAGGGAAAGCAUUUAUAGGUUGCUGCCUCAGACCACCCCCGAGAACGUGAGCAAGAACUUCAGCCAGUACAGCAUAGACCCCGUCACCAGAUACCCCAACAUGAACGUCAGCUUCCUCCGCCCAAGCCAGGUGCGCCAUCUGUAUGAUACUGGAGAAACAAAAGAUAUUCAUCUGGAGAUGGAGAACCUCGUGAAUUCCCGAACUACCCCAAAACUGGCCCGCAAUGAGUCUGUGGCUCGUUCCAGCAAACUGCUGGGUUGGUGCCAGCGGCAGACAGAUGGCUACGCUGGGGUGAGCGUGACGGACCUCACCAUGUCGUGGAAGAGCGGCCUGGCCCUGUGCGCCAUCAUCCACAGAUACCGCCCUGAUCUGAUAGAUUUUGAUUCUUUGGAUGAGCAAAAUGUGGAGAAGAAUAACCAGCUGGCCUUUGACAUUGCUGAGAAGGAGCUGGGCAUUUCUCCCAUCAUGACAGGCAGAGAGAUGGCCUCGGUGGGGGAGCCGGACAAGCUGUCCAUGGUGAUGUACCUGACCCAGUUCUACGAGAUGUUCAGGGACUCGCUCCCCUCCCGAGACGCCUUGGACCUGAAUGCUGAGGAGAGGGCCGUCCUGGUAGCCAGCACUAAAUCCCCCAUCUCCUUCCUGAGCAAGCUGGGGCAGACCAUUUCUCGGAAGCGCUCUCCCAAGGACAAAAAGGAAAAGGACUUGGACGGUGCUGGGAAGAGGAGAAAGACCAGCCAGUCGGAAGAGGAGGACGCGCCCCGGGGCUACAGAGGAGGAAGGCCUACGCUGGUGAGCACCCUGAGCGACCGGAGGGUGGACGUGGCCCUUGGCAACCAGAACAAGGUGAAGUACAUGGCGACCCAGCUGCUGGCCAAGUUUGAGGAGAACGCACCCGCGCAGGCCACGGGCGUGAGGAGACAGCCGACACAAGAGCGUGGGCUCAGCCAGCCGUCCUGCUGCCUGCCUGAGCAGGGUCGCCCUGCUCCCGCCCCCCAGUGGAAACAGCGACAGGAAAAGGAGCAUUCUCGGACCUGCCCCAAAAAAGUGAUCACACUCUCUCCUCCCCCUACUCCGCCUCCCUGUCGGGCACGUGGCGACCAGCAGACGUACAGAGAUCUUGAUGCUGACAGCCGUGGCAAGCAGAGUCCCCACCACGAGAGGCCAGAGCCUGAGCCUUCUCGUCGAUUUUUUGUCGACCAGUGGGAGCUUUCUCUAAGCCUCCGCUCCGCCAGCCGCCCCGCCUCUCCCUCCUCUGACUUCCUACGACAGAAGUAUAUAAAGAUGUACACGGGCGGAGUGAGCUCAUUGGCUGAGCAGAUAGCCAAUCAGCUUCAAAGGAAAGAACAUCCUAAAACCCUUCUAGACAAGAAGGAACUGGGCUCCAUGAAGAAGGAGUUCCCACAGAACUUGGGAGGCAGCGACACCUGCUACUUCUGCCGGAAGCGGGUCUACGUGAUGGAGCGGCUGAGUGCCGAGGGCAAGUUCUUCCACCGGAGCUGCUUCAAGUGCGAGUACUGCGCCACCACCCUGCGCCUGUCGGCCUACGCGUACGCCCUCGAGGACGGUAAAUUCUACUGCAAACCACACUACUGUUACCGGCUGUCCGGGCCUGUACAGAGGAAGAGACCAGCAGUGGCCCCUCUGUCUGGAAAGGAGGCCAGGGGACCCCUGCAGGACGGCCCCGCUGCAGACACCAACGGACGGCCCAGCACCAGUGCCAGCCCUGCCGAGAGAACUCCAGGCCCGAGCGUGAACGGCCUGGAGGAACCCAGCAUCGCCAAGAGGCUGCGGGGCACCCCGGAGAGGAUUGAGCUGGAGAACUACCGCCUGUCGGUGCGGCCGGCGGAGGGGCUGGAGGAGGUGCCCGAGGAGACGCAGGCCGAGCACAACCUGAGCAGCGUGCUGGACACGGGGACGGAGGAGGACGCGGCCAGCAGCAGUUCUGAGUCCGAGAUGGAGGAGGAGGAGCCCCCGCUGCCCCCAUCGGACCUGGGUGGCGUGCCCUGGAAGGAGGCCGUGAGGAUCCACGCUCUUCUGAAAGGAAAGAGCGAAGAGGAGCUCGAGGCCUCCAGGAGUUUCGUGGCUGGGGAGGAGGAUGCAGAGGACGCGGAGGACACGGAGGACGAGGAGGACGAGGAGGACGAGGAGGACGAGUCUAGUGAAGGAGAGUACUGGCCCCGGGACAGAGAACUCCUGCAAGGCCAGCCGCUGGGGCACCUGCCAGAGGAAGAGGACAUGGGUACACAUGAAGCUGGGAGCCCAAGGCUGCAGCAGCUCGUAAAUCCAGCCGAUCCCUUGGAGAUCCAGGCUGACGUGCACUGGACGCACAUUCGUGAGAACCAGGAGGAGCGAGUGUCACCGGCCUCUGAGUCCCCUCCUUCCAGAGGGCCCGACCUUCCCUCCGUUCGCCGUGCAGCAGUGCAGGCCUGGCUGGAGUCGGUCUCCGGAGUCCCGUUUGACGAGGACGACCUGGAGGAAGAUGUGGACUCAGAGCCAGCAGAGGUAGAAGGCGAGGCAGCGGAGAAUGGGGACACGGGGGACACUGGCGCAGAGCUGGAUGAUGGUCAGCACUGGUCGGACGACGUGCCGUCAGAGACCGACACGGAGCUGCAGCAGGUGGCGGCGGGAGUGGGACUGGAGCUGCGGGUGUCUGAAGGCGAGGAGGAGCCGCCACCGGCCUCGGCAAGGCGCACAGAGAGAGGUCGCUUCCCAAUCUCCAGCCCCAGCCGGUCCCCUGAGGAGCACUCGGUCCUGUCCUCCCCAGCCCACAGCCCCAGGGCACAGGGCGCCCGAGCCCCGCUCGCCUCUGCAGCUGCCACGAAGGGAUUGCCCGCGGAGAGCCCUGUGCCAGAGCCAGAGCCAGAGCUCUCCCAUGGGGAGCCCACAGCCGGCACACCCGUCCGAUCACAGCCCGAAGCCAGGACGCCGCCCUCGCCUGCAAGCCCACAGCGCCGGUCCCCGCUGGCCCCCCUCCCCAUCUGCUCCCAGCCUCAGCCGUCCGCCGAGGCCACCGUGCCGUCCCCCACCGUGUCCCCCAUCCGCUUCCAGCCUGUGCCAGCCAGAACCUCCACCCCCCUGGCCCCCCUCCCCGUGAAGAGCCAAGGGGUCACCAAGGACACACUGGGCAGCCCCCUCCCUGGGGAUGAGGCCCUGAAACGCAGCGACCUGGUGGCAGAGUUCUGGAUGAAGAGCGCAGAGAUACGCCGCAGCCUGGGGCUCACGCCCGUGCGACGGGGCCCUGGACCCGAGCCCGGGUUCCAGCCCGCGCCCCUGCAGGCCUUUCCAGCUGAGAAGCUCCCCCAGGGUGAGGGACCCUGGCUUCUGAAACCCACACCCGUCCCCGGGAGGCUGGGGCCGCCCGCUGCCGGGGGGGCCCAGCCCUCCCCGCCCACCCCGGGGUCCCCACCUGGCAGGGAGCCAAAGGGCGCCCGGGCGGAGCACAGAGACCUGUCCAGCAGCUCGGGGCUGGGCCUGCAGGGCAGCUCCUCCCGCACCAGGACGCCCGGCAGCCAGAGCUUCAGCACCUCUGACUCCACCAUGCUCACGCCCCCCUCCAGCCCGCCGCCCCCGCCUCCCGACGAGGAGCCCGCCACCCUUCACGGGAAGCCGGCCCUGGCGGGGCAGCCCGCAGCCUCGGAGCCCCGAGCACCGGCCGCGUGCGCGCGGACCCCGCGGGAGCCCGCCCGGCCGCCCCCGGAGGAGGCACCGAAGCCAUUUGUGGAGAGCGUGGACGAGAUCCCGUUCGCGGACGAUGUGGAGGACACGUAUGACGACCGCACGGAGGACUCGAGUCUGCAGGAGCCCUUCUUCACGCCCCCCUCCCGCUGGCCCUGCCCCGAGCAGCCCCUGGCCCACGAAAGCGCCCGGGGGCCCGAGAGUGGGGUCCCGCCGCAGAAGCGGGGGCUGCCGCUGGUCUCCGCCGAGGCCAAGGAGCUGGCGGCCGAGCGCAUGCGGGCCCGGGAGAAGUCGGUGCGGAGCCCGGCGCUGAGGGACGCCAUGGCCCGGCAGCUGAGCAGGAUGAAGGAGAUGGACACCGUGGCCACCGCCCCCAGGGCCCCCAGGGCCCCCAGGACCCCGGCGCCCCGCAGAGCCACCGCCGUGCCCCCCAAGGGCCCCGAGGAGCCCACCCCAACGCACAAGGCCACGAGUGAGGAGGUCCCGUCCCCUCCCUCGGACUCAGGGGGCCUGGACGGCUCGGUCACCUCGUCCGAGGGCUCCAGCGGGAAGAGCAAGAAGAGAUCGUCCCUCUUCUCCCCCCGAAGAAACAAGAAAGAGAAGAAGCCCAAGGGUGAGGGCCGGCCCCCGGAGAGGCCCAGCCCCAGCGCCCUGGAGGAAGCAGCAGCCAAGCCCAGGUCCCUGUGGAAGUCCGUCUUCUCCGGGUACAGGAAGGACAAGAAGAAGAAGGGCGAUGGCAGGUCCCGCCCCAGCACCCCUUCCAGCGGGGCCACCGUGGAUGCCGGCAAGCCAGGGGCGUCUCCUGUCACGAGAGCAGAGCUGCGGCCCCGGCGCCAGCUGAGCUGCUCGGAGGACUCGGACAUCUCCAGCGACGAUGUCCUGGAGCGGACCUCCCAGAAGUCCAGGAGAGAGCCGAGGACUUACACGGAGGAGGAGCUGAACACCAAGCUGACCCGGCGCGUGCAGAAGGCGGCUCGGAGGCAGGCCAAGCAGGAGGAGCUGAAGCGGCUGCACCGCGCCCAGAUCAUCCAGCGGCAGCUGGAGCAGGUGGAGGAGAAGCAGCGCCAGCUCGAGGAGAGAGGCGUUGCCGUGGAGAAGGCGCUGCGCGGGGAAGCAGGUAUGGGCAAGAAGGACGACCCCAAACUGAUGCAGGAGUGGUUCAAGCUGGUGCAGGAGAAGAACGCCGUGGUACGCUAUGAGUCGGAGCUGAUGAUCUUCGCCCGGGAGCUGGAGCUGGAGGACCGGCAGAGCCGGCUGCAGCAGGAGCUCCGCGAGCGGAUGGCCAUGGAAGAUCACCUGAAGACGGAGGAGGAGCUGUCGGAGGAGAAGAGGAUCCUGAACGAGAUGCUGGAGGUGGUGGAGCAGAGAGACGCCCUGGUGGCCCUGCUGGAGGAGCAGCGGCUCCGGGAGAAGGAGGAGGACAAGGACCUGGAGGCCGCCAUGCUGUCCAAGGGCUUCAGCCUGAACUGGUCCUGAGCGCCGCCCCGGCCCUGGCUGGUCUGUGCAUCCGUCUGGCCAGGCUGGCUUCUCCCAGACCACCCAGAUCCGAGGUCUGAGCGGGCCUGGCGCCUCCUGGGAGUUUGCACUCAGACCUCCUCGGGGCUCUGAGAGCAGUCAAGCGCCGAGCUGUGGGAGCCCCAGGUGAAGAUGGUGGUCCAGUAGCUCAGCCUCCUCCAAGAGGCCUCCCUGUCCUCCUGCUUCGGAGACGGAGGAACGUGGGUCCCGGGGGGGACGCCUGGUAGGAGGGACACGGCUCCCCCCGCGACCCCCAGGCCCAGGGCUGAGGAGGCCCACCCCGCGGGCCCAGUGCCACACUCCAGGCCUCUCCUGGCUGUGGCCUGAGGCCUGAGGCUGCUGUAUUUGCUUUUAAUUCACGACACUGGAAGAUACUGACUUCAGGGUCGGGCGGAGACCCUCUUCCGGCCCCGCCACAGGCUGGCCUUGUCCUCGCCUCGUUCCUGUGUUUGCCCCGAGCGAAGCUGACAGCCUGGGAGACGCGGCCGCUUCGCACUCUCUUUGUCAAUUAACUUAUUUUUUUAAUACUUGAAAAGAAGCAACUUCACUUUUAUAUCUUUACCGGGAUACUGAUUGCCUGGCACCUGGGUAGGGGUGUGGAGGUGGGUCCCACCUGACCGCGCUGUCACUCCAUUCGUUACUCUUUCGUCGUGGGGCUGACCUGAGCCCUCAGGUCAGCAAGACCCCCGUGUGGGCCCCGGCGUGCAGCGCCCGUCCUCCUGUGCCCGGCCCCGGGCGUCCGUGUCUACACCGCUCGCUUGUCAAGGAUGCGUUUGAGCUGCUGGAGGCCACGCCAUGAGGCACAGAUGCCUCUUGGCCUCCCUGUUGGAAUUAUGGCUCUGCAGAACCCAUUUUUCCUCCGUUUUGGUGCCGAGGUCUCACCUCCCACAGCACGUUUAUUAAAGAAAGUUUUAGGCCGGUUGCACCAGAGUGUGGGACCCUGCUCAGCGAGGCCCAGACCCAGCCAGCUGGAGCUGCAGUGAUGGCACACUGGGGGACUCCAGUUGGGUUCACACACACACACGAGCUCCGGCCCAGCCCCACGAGCUCCGGCCCAGCUCCAGCCCAGCGCCUCUUCGUGGGGAGGCACUGGACGGGAAGCACCAUGGAGCCAGCUGGUGCCGUGGCUCAGCCAGAGGCCGGCAGUGUCCAGCCUGCAGAGCCACUGUUAGACUCUGCAGGGGCCGUGCUCGUCCACAGAGGAGCGAGGGCAGCGCCAGGCCAGUCCCGAGGCCCUCCAGCCGACUCCUGGUGGAGCGGGACCGCGUGCAGGGAGGAGAGGCCUCGGCAGGACAAGGGGCGUCCACGCCGACCUUGGGACGUCCUUGGGGAACCACAUCGUGCCUCAACUUGAACAGAGUCAUUCUCACUGCAAAGGAGCAAAGAACUGUCUUCUUCUUCAGUCUGUCCCAAAGCUGCCGUCUGCCCCCCUGGAAUCCAGGGCACGCGCUGCUCCAGCCCUCAUGGCUCUGACCUUCACCUCUUGCUUGAUGAGGUAGAGCCUCCAUUUCUAUUCUCCUUUCUUAAAAGGGGGAGCAGAGGGUGUUCUAGAUCCCGUCCUUAAAUCCCAGCCUUCCAAUAAAAUUGGGCUUGGGACAGGAUUCAUCGCCUGUGUGGCCUUUGCCUACCCUUCCCAUACCCUUCCCACCCACCGCCCCAGUGCACCGCAACUGCCAGGCCCGUCCCUCGAGCUUCUGCCCACCCAGGACGAGGACAAGUUUACAGAGUGGCCAGGAGGGACACGACACCCGCCCCUGCGGAAGCACACUGUGCCUGCAGGAGCGAGGACGGCCUGGAGGCUGCAGAGAAGCUCGGAAAUGCUCCCCCACUCCCUCCCGCAGGGCUACGACUUCAGGUUCUAGUAGAGCACUUUUUCUGAACGCUCCCGUUUUAUAACCACUAGUUUGCAGGUUGUUGUAGUGCCCUGCUGACGGCUGCAUGCAGUGUUUCCCAGCUCUGGAAAUGCACUCCGCUCCUGUCAAGUCCCCGUGAAGGCAGGGCAGCAGGAAAUCUCUCUCUCUCUCUGAAAUGCCACGGCGUGAGCAAGCCCAAGCCCGAGGCCCAUGCAGGGACAACCGGGUUCAGCUCCAGCAGAGGCAGGGCGGCAGCGCACCUCGCCUCAGGCUGAGGUCACCAGCGGCUCCACCUGGGGGUCCAGUCCUGCUCAGAUGGCAUCUUCUGGCCUUGGCCCCGGGAGCUGUUCUCCAGCUGCUCUGACCAGCAGUGAUAGACUAGCCUCUAUCUUUUCAAAGAGCAGAAUUUUUUCAGUGGGGCAGAAAGUGGGGAGAGUUUAAAGAAAACAGUUUUAAAGGUGGUAACAACUGAUCUACAAAGGGGAAUGGGCCAUUUUAUGCGCAAUAAAAGUUUUUAAAACAGG